AAUAGCGCCUGUGACUGUGAGGAAGCAAACAAGAAAGAAAGAGCAAUGACUUGUCUGUUAGAACCGCCUUUUCGCUGCUUACCUCCUUCCCAACCCUUUUCUCCUCCUCGUUUCCGCUGUUUCGCCGCCCCUCGAGCUCAACCUCAGCCGUCGGAACCUGACACUGAAACCCUCGUACUGCCGCUUGAUGGCCCAAAAGAACGCCGGGAAAUUGUCCGACUCGCUUGGGAGAAGCUCGUCCGAUGGUCUCGUUCUUUGCAGUCUAGAGCUAAAACUGACGUCCUUGAACGUACUAAUAAGAUAGUGGUACUUGGAGGUGGAUCUUUCGGAACAGCAAUCGCAGCUCAUGUUGCAACGAGAAAAUCCCUGUUGGAAGUGAAUAUGCUCGUAAGAGAUCCUCAAGUUUGUCGAUCAAUAAAUGAGGAACACCAUAACUGUAAGUAUUUUCCACAGCACGAGCUACCAAAAAAUGUCAUUGCCACUACUGAUGCAAAAGCUGCUCUGCUAGGUGCAGAUUUUUGCUUCCAUGCUGUACCUGUUCAGUUUAGCUCAUCAUUCCUUGAGGAAAUUGCAAACUAUGUUGAUCCAGGCUUGCCUUUCAUAUCUCUUAGCAAGGGUUUAGAGCUAAACACAUUAAGAACGAUGUCUCAGAUAAUUCCCAAAGCACUGAAAAAUCCUCGCCAACCCUAUGUUGUUCUAUCUGGUCCUUCCUUCGCACUAGAGCUGAUGAAUAAACUACCAACAGCACUGGUAGUGGCUUCAAAAGACCAAAAGAUAGCAAAUUCCGUCCAGCAACUUAUGGCUUCUAAAAAUCUGAGAAUCAACACAUCAAGUGAUGUUACAGGGGUUGAAAUUGCAGGUGCAUUGAAAAAUGUGUUGGCAAUUGCAGCUGGCAUUGUGGAAGGACUAAAUCUUGGUAAUAAUUCCAUGGCUGCACUUGUUUCACAAGGAUGCUCUGAAAUUCGAUGGUUGGCAACAAAGAUGGGUGCAAAGUCAACAACAUUAACUGGUCUAUCAGGAACUGGAGAUGUUAUGCUUACAUGCUUUGUGAGCCUUUCAAGAAACAGAACAGUUGGAGUUCGUCUAGGAUCAGGCGAAAAACUUGACGAUAUACUUAGUUCAAUGAAUCAGGUAGCUGAAGGUGUUGCAACAGCUGGAGCUGUGAUUGCUUUAGCACAGAAGUACAAGGUCAAAAUGCCAGUUUUAACUGCAGUUGCAAGGAUUAUUGACAAUGAAUUAACACCCACAAAAGCUGUUUUUGAAUUGAUGAACCUCCCUCAGGUUGAAGAAGUUUAAAGAAGCAGUGGUGUUAGAAAGACUAUAAUAGUUGCUGGGUGACAGCUGAACAUGUAUAUACAAAUUGUGACUGGCUGGCUCAGUUUGCUGCAUGAGGCACACAAUCAACAAGUUGGAGAAUGAUCGUCACCUGUUUACAGGGCUGCAUAGUGCUGACAAUCUCCAAGUUUAUGGCGAUGGAAUCUGUCUGAGUUCCUUUUUACCAUGUUAUUAGUUACACUUGCCCAAAUAUGCCUAUGAUAAUUUGGUGGAAGCUGUAACUUGUAAUUAGAUAUAGUCAUCAAUAUAACAACACCAUAUUAGUUCCAUUUUUGUAAUUUGAUAGUGAGCUAAUGAAACUGUAAAAACAUUACGGCAAAUAUAAAAUUUAGUACGUAUUUGUUUUCCUUAACA